AUGGAUCCUUUAGAUGGGCAAGACGUCUAUGCAGCAGAAAAAAUUUUGAAAUCCCGAACGAGGAAAGGAAAAACAGAAUAUCUAAUCAAGUGGAAAGGAUGGUCAAAUCAACAUAACACAUGGGAACCAUCAAGUAAUAUCUUGAAUGAAAACCUGUUCACGGAAUCAGGUUUUUCCGUACCAAGCGGUUUUAAAGGUGGAACUCGGAGGGGAAUUAGAAGGUCAAAUCGUGGAAGGAAACGGAAAGUAAAAGAAAUUUCGGACUCCGAUGAUUCGGAUGGCAACGAUCAAAGUUAUGAUGAGGGCGCUAGUGAUACUCGUUCAGAAGGCUCAGAAGCUUCACCAAGAUCGAGCAUUCAUUCAAGACCCGGAACUCCAGUAACUCCAGCAGAAGAACCUGGCACAGAAAGCAGCAAAUCUUCCAAAAUGCCUCGAAAACGAGGUCCGAAAUGUAAAAAGACGUCGAGCGAUAUAGCGACGACUUCCAUCCCAAUUUCAAAAACCAGCGAAACGAAGAAUAAUGAUGACAACAAGUUGGAACUGAAGGAAGGAAAGUCGGAUAAAGAACAAGGAACUGAAGAACUUCCGAAGACUGAAACUGAUGUAGAGUUGAAUAAGAAGGGAGAAACAGAAAGUAUUCCUUCGGAGACGAAAUUGGAUUUACCACAUAUUGACAAAGUUGGGAAGGAUGAUUCUGCAUUAUCGGAAGCUGAAAUAUUCAGGAUUAUCAAGGAUGAUGAAAGCGAACCAGCUGAAGAGAAAAACACAAAGCAAGACAGUGAAAUGAAACUGAAGAAACCUGAAGUUUUCGAAGGUCGGUCUGGAUCAGUACAAGUCAUUUCUAAUGGUCAAGAGCAGAUAAUCAAUAGGCUGGCAUUUGUUGUUGAGGGGGCAUCUGGUUUGUCUCGAAGCUCGGAGCAGUUACAGCUACAUGACUAUGGAGGCGGUGAUGAAAGCCGGAUUCAUGUAAUAGCCGACCAGUUAAAAAAUGAAACUAAAAUUUGGACAGAUGCUAACAAUACGCGCUUCGAAAGUUUUCAAUACAAUGGUUCGCAUACAAUCACUGAAAUAACAGUCAAUCAGCACACUGUCCCAAUUAUUGAAUUGUAA